CUAGAACUAAGCAAGCAACACAGCAACGUGGACCGCUUGAUUUAUUAGCCAAGCAGCUCAACAGCAAACAUUCAGUUUGGAGACGGGUGCACAACGGUCGAUAUCCGGCAUAAUUUGGCGCUAAAUGUGCGAAAUAUAGCUAACAAGACAAACGGAUUCUUGAUCUAGCUGAUUUGUGGCGCAGAUAGCCUUUCCGAACCAUAGUUAGUUAUUUAGCUAGCUUGCGCCCUACUAGCCAGCCGUAUUGUUAGCUAGCUAACGUCAGCAGACAAUUGUUUCAGGCCAGGGGCUCCAGGGCUAUGACUGCUGAAGAGGUGACCAACGAAGAACAGAACAACAUCCCGAUGGAGGGAGAGGAUAUCACGCAGAAGAAAGAUGGAGGGGUUUUAAAGUUGGUGAAGCAGGAAGGCACAGGGACAGAGCUGCCUAUGACUGGAGACAAGGUGUUUGUUCACUAUGUUGGCACGCUGCUGGAUGGAACCCUGUUUGACUCCAGUCGUGAACGAGGAGAGAAGUUUUCCUUUGAGCUGGGCAAAGGCCAGGUCAUCAAGGCGUGGGACCUGGGAGUGGCUACUAUGAAAGUAGGAGAGAUCAGCCAGCUGAUCUGUAAACCAGAGUAUGCCUACGGCACUGCCGGCAGCCCCCCGAAGAUUCCCCCCAACGCUACACUUGUCUUCCAGGUGGAGUUGUUUGAGUUUCGAGGGGAGGACAUCACUGAGGGAGAGGGUGGAGGAAUCAUCCGUCGCAUCAUCACUAAGGGAGAGGGAUACACCAAGCCUAAUGAAGGAGCUGCCGUAGAAGUGUGUUUGGAGGGCAGCUGUGAGGGCAAGGUGUUUGACAAGAGGGAGCUGAAGUUUGAGUUGGGAGAUGGAGAGAGCCUGGGUCUGCCAAGCGGAGUGGAAAAAGCCCUGAUGGCUAUGGAGCAGGGAGAAGAGUCCCUCUUCAUCAUCAAACCCAAGUAAUACCCACUACAAACCUUGUGUACAUACUAUGUUGUUUUGAGAAAUGUGUGAUUGUGUGUUCUCUUGGCAUAUUUCACUCUGUAUCACAGGAGGUUGGUGGCACCUUAAUUGGGAAAAACGGGCUUGUGUUAAUGACUGGAGCGGAAUGGUAUUAAACACAUGGUUUCCAUGUGUUUGAUGCCAUUCCAUUUGCGCUGUUUUGGCCUCAGCAGCACCCUGUGCUCUGUAUGUAUGGAUAUCUAAGUGUGUGUGUGUGUGUGUGUGUGUAGGUAUGGCUAUGGAAACACAGGCAACAGCAAGUACAAUAUUCCUGGUGAAGCCACUCUGCAGUACAAACUCAAACUGACCACCUUCGAAAAGGUAUGACCCCUCAUCCUUUAGCCAUAUCAACUCGAUGGUCCUGUCCAGAAACAUCCGUUCUGCAUUUUAUUCAUGGCUUUUCCACACAUUUUGCCUACUGAAUGUUCCGUAGCUGUGUCUGGUGUUCUGAGAGGUGAUAUGCUAGCUUGCUGACUAAAGUAUUUCCUAUUCCCCAGGCCAAGGAAUCCUGGGAAAUGAACUCAGCAGAGAAACUGGAGCAGAGCAUCAUUGUCAAGGAGAAGGGAACACAGUACUUCAAGGAGGGAAAGUAUCGCCAGGCAUCUGUCCAGUAUAAGAGGAUUGUGUCCUGGCUGGAGAAUGAAUCGAGUUUACCCGAGGGGGAGGAACAGAAGGCUCAGGCCCUGCGGUUGGCUGCUCACCUCAACCUGGCCAUGUGCUUCCUCAAGCUACAGGAACCAAGCUCUACUUUUGACAACUGUGACAAGGCCCUGGAGCUGGACGAGACCAAUGAAAAGGCUCUAUUCCGGAGGGGGGAGGCGCUGUUUGCCAUGAAGGAGUUUGAUAGGGCGAGAGCAGACUUCCAGCGUGUCAUACAACUGUAUCCUAGCAACAAGGCCGCCAAAAGCCAGGUGGCUCUGUGCCAGAAACGGAUUAAGGAACAGCAUGAGAAGGACAAGAGGCUCUAUGCCAACAUGUUCCAGAAGUUUGCUGAGAGAGAUGCUAAGGAGGAGGCUGACAAGGGGAUGGAGAACGGAGGCGGGAUGGAGGUGGAGGAGAAUGGAGGACAGGAGUAAUGGCUGAUGGAGACAGAUGUGGUAGUCUGUCUGUCAUGAAGACUUUUAACUUCAGACAUUUGUGUUUCUAAAGAGAGAAAAUGUUAGUGUGUGUGAGAGAGAAGUGCAUGUGUGCCCAUGGCUCGACUGUAUCUCCUGUGUGUCUGUGUGCUAUCAUCAUGGCAGCUAGCUGGCUGGGUGGGCCUUCUGUUGUUGACUGCACUCCAGAGGUGUGGCUAAAAGGAGUUCCCCUCCCUCUGGUUAGCAUGUAGCAGGCUGCCCCCUCCCUGCACGCUCCUGCUCAGACUUCUUUGCUUAAUGGAGUUGGAAGCCCAGUUCUAGAUGUGUGUAAUCACCCCCUCCCCCUUCCAAGGCCAACUAAUCAAUUCCUGGGGUCUGCUCCCUGUGUGUGUGCGCGACUGUGUCUGCUGACUGUAACAGCACCCUCUCUAGCAGAAGUCAUGCUCACUAAACAAUUGCUCUCUGCUUCUCAAACACUGUAUGAUCUUACCCUGGGUUUAUGAUUUCUCUCUUUAAAUGUUCUUAAUGGGAUGAUGAUGAUUUACUUCACGACUGGAAAGUGUGUGUGUGUGUGUGUGUGUAGUAGCUGAUAUGAACUAGCAGCUUCUCCUGGUUGAACUCAGCCAGUAUAAAGCUCAGUCAGAUUACAUAUAUAUAGUCUUACUGUAGUCUAUGGAUGCAUCCCAAAUCACACUCUAUACCCUGUAGAUGACAUAUGCCCAACUUUUUGACCAGUGCCCUGUGUCUAACCUGAGGAGGCUGCUAUAAAGUAGUGCACUAUAUAGAUAAUGGGUGUCGUUUAAGAUGCAGACUUACAGCAUCCAGCUCCAGCGGACCUGGCUCUAGAAUAAUACCUGAUUCAGCUAAUCACGGUCCUGUGGAGCAGUUGGUUUGUAGAAUCAAGUCUGUUGGAACAGGACGGAGCAGCUAGGGAGUGAGAUUGGUCAGUGGGUGGGGUUUGGGGUGUCAUGUGUGUGUUGAUUGGGGGGGGGGUCUUUCUGAUUGGAGCAUUGUGGUUGGUUCUCUGACUGAAGGAUCUAAUAAACAGAAAUGACUCAAA